AUGAGUCCUUCCGCCAAAGUAGACGCCCUGGUCGCUUGGGCCACAUCCAACGGCGCCGUCCUGCAUCCCGACGUCCACAUCUAUCAGGACGCCGUCACCGGCCUCUCCUUCCAGGUCAAGCCCGCCGCCACCCAGCCGCUCGCCGGGGAUUACACCUCCGGCCCGCCGAUUGUGCGUCUCCCCGCCGCGCUCUCCCUCUCCUACCUCAACGCCAUCAGCCCCGAGACGCCCGGCGCGCCGCUCGCCUCGCCGCUCCUCGCCGCUGGCGCGCUGCCACCCCACGUCCUCGGCCGCCUGUUCCUCAUCAAGGAGUACCUCGCCGGCCCGUCCUCCUUCUGGCACCCGUACAUCCAGGCGCUCCCGCAGCCCGCAGACGCCGGCUCGUGGCUCCUCCCCGCCUUCUGGGACGCCGACGACGCCGAGCUGCUCGAGGGCACCAACGUCGAGGUCGGCCUGGCCCGGAUCCGCGACGACCUGCGCCGCGAUCUCGCCGCGAUCCAGGCGGUCCUACUCCCCCUCGCCCGCGGCAGUACCGCAGACGUCCAGGAGGAGUCCAACAAGCGCCUCGUGGACGGGUUCCGCCCGGAGCUGUACCGCUGGGCGUACGCCAUCUUUUCGAGCCGCAGCUUCCGCCCCAGCCUCGUCCUGUCCGACGACGAGUGCCGCGUGCUGCAGCCGGGUGUCAGCACCGACGACUUUUCCGUCCUGCUCCCGCUCUUUGACAUUGGCAACCACGACAUGACGGCGCCCGUCCGCUGGCAGCGCGUCGCCGCCGGCUGCGAGCUGCAGACCGGCCGGGCGUAUCAGCCCGGUGAGCAAGUCUUCAACAACUACAGCUUCAAGACCAAUGCAGAGCUGCUUCUCGGCUACGGCUUCAUGAUUCCCCCAACAGCGGCUCUGCACAACGACUACAUUCACGUGCGGAAGCGUGCCGCUGCCGCCGGUGGUGGUGGUGGUGGUGAAGCGCCCAUGUCCGAGGAGUACCUCAUCUCGGCGCGGCCAUUGAGCGACGCCAGCUCCGUUCUCGCGCGCAGCAAGCUCCCCGCCGUCGCGGGCUUCGAUGUUGAGCACGCCAGCAGUAUCACCCGGGCAUUCCAGCAUGUGCAGCCCGACAUGGUCUGGGACAUUUUCACCGCCAUUGCGCCGGGCGACGCCUGCAAGCAGCUCAUCCCCGUCGACGACGACGGUGAGGACGCGGACCGGCGGAGACGGCUACUGCUCCUGGCGGGCCAGGUCGACGGCGCGUGCCUGCCGUACUUUGCGCAGACGGCGGCCAUUAUCCAGAACAAGGUGAUGCAGGAGCUGGAGCGCCUAAAUGAGACGGACGUCGAGGUGGACGAUGAUGAGAGGGCUCGGCUGACGCCGUGCCAGAAGCUCGCGUUGGACUAUAGAGACCGCUGUAGGGUUGUGCUGGAAAGCACGCUGGAAAUGAUGAAUAAUGAUGAGACAUUGGCUGCCGCCAUGGAAGCCAUGGGCGAAGAGGAGUAG